CCGCCGGCGCCGCCGCCCGCUCGUCCGCCGCCCUGCGCCAUGGCGGGCUGCGCGGCGCGGGCUCCGCCGGGCUCCGAGGCACGCCUCAGCCUCGCCACCUUCCUGCUGGGUGCCUCGGUGCUCGCGCUACCGCUGCUCACGCGCGCCGGCCUGCAGGGCCGCACCGGGCUGGCGCUCUACGUGGCCGGGCUCAACGCGCUGCUGCUGCUGCUGUACCGGCCGCCGCGCUACCAGAUAGCCAUCCGAGCUUGUUUCCUUGGCUUUGUGUUUGGCUGCGGAGUGCUGCUAAGUUUCAGCCAGUCUUCUUGGAAUCAUUUUGGCUGGUACAUGUGCUCCCUGUCAUUAUUCCAUUAUUCUGAAUACUUAGUGACAGCUGUCAAUAAUCCCAAAAGUUUGUCCUUGGAUUCCUUUCUCCUGAAUCACAGUCUGGAGUAUACAGUGGCUGCUCUUUCUUCUUGGAUAGAGUUCACACUUGAAAACAUCUUUUGGCCAGAACUGAAGCAGAUCUCCUGGCUCAGUGCCACUGGGCUGCUUAUGGUGGUCUUUGGAGAAUGUCUGAGGAAAGCAGCCAUGUUUACAGCUGGUUCCAAUUUCAACCACGUGGUGCAAAAUGAAAAAUCAGAUACCCAUACUCUGGUGACAAGCGGAGUGUACGCUUGGUUCCGGCAUCCUUCCUAUGUUGGGUGGUUUUACUGGAGUAUCGGAACUCAGGUGAUGCUCUGUAACCCCAUCUGCGGUGUUGGCUAUGCCCUGACGGUGUGGCGAUUCUUCCGUGAUCGAACAGAAGAAGAAGAGAUCUCGUUAAUUCACUUUUUUGGAGAGGAGUACUUGGAGUAUAAGAAGAGGGUGCCCACAGGCCUGCCUUUCAUAAAGGGAGUGAAGGUGGAGCUAUGAUGGGCAGUGGUCAGGAGGGACCGAGGGGCCUCUGACCUGGUACAGCCUGGACAAAACUGCUUCCGGUCGGCCACGCUGUGGAAUGAAUUUUCUUAAUCAUUUUAUAUGUCACUAAUUAAUUAUUCUUCUGGAAUGUCACUCAAGACCAAAUGGUCAGAAGGCCUUCGGACCGAAGGGCCCACCAGAGCAAUCUGUUCUUGUGCUGAAUCAAGGUAGGGCAUAGAUUAAAGAUGAACAAGGAGAAAAUCACAGCAAUAUUCAACAGUGCCCCUUCAGCAGAGACCCGGUGAGAACCCAGGCCACAGCCCAUUGACCCCCGCCCCGGGCCAGGGUGUGUUUAAGUUGUCACCAGGACUCUCUGCUCUCAGUAUUGCUUCUACGGCAGAAAGGGGUAGCGGGCAUCACUGCUUAUCAGCAUUCCAAGUCCACGUACAACCUUUAAUUUAACCGGACGACACAAACAGCACAGCUUUAACCUCUUUAUUUCUGUCCUUAAGUGCAUGAGCAUCUAUACAGUUUCAAAGAUACUUCCUUAUAGAGUGCUUUGGCGCUUCACAUAUUUAAUCGUAUUUACAUAUCUAUUUUUUAUAAAUAGCAGUAUAAGUUUAAAGGGGACUCACUUGGUGUUUCUGGCUCCAACUUUUAUAUGGCAACAAGUCAGCAUAGACACCUCCAGACGAUUUGCCCAAGUGUGGUUUUAUGUGACCAUGGCACCCUAGGCCUGGAGACUAUGGGCCACCAGGGGCUUUUCUAGAGGGUCUUGGCUCUUGCUCUCUUCCUGUUAUUGGCGACAGGCCGGUCAAAGAUGUGUCAUUUUCCCUUUAUUUAAGCCGUGCUUACUGAAUACCUGCUCUGUGCAAGGCAUCGUUAAAUGUUGAAAAAUACUGCUCUUCAUUUAUUUGGGAUUCUACUCUCAUUUCACCACAGUUUAUUUUUGUGUUUCAGUGUAAAUCUUUUCAUCGUUUUCUAUGUUCCAUUCUCAAAAUUAAGUCAUCUCUCAUGCCAUUUCCAACUGUCUUUUCCCAAGGGGUUUGAGCAUACACAGCUACAAAUUCAAGCAGAUCGACUCUCAAAAAUAGUCUCAAAUAGAGCAAAUAAUCCCCACCAUGAUUCAGUCGGUAUUUUUGUUUUACAAUUUUGGGGAAGAAUAGUCGGCUUUAUACAUCAAACAUAGAAGCUUUAAGAGGUGAGACCAUUGCUUAAUUCCAGACUAGACAGGAACUUAGCCUCAGUGUGAGAUCCUUCCGUGCAGUUUUGUGGUGGCACUAAUGCAGAGCGAAUGUGAAGGCCGUGGUGGCAAGUGGCCAGGGCACUGCUCUGUCACCGUGCCACAUAGCUUGCAAGGAGCCACUAAACCUUUCCGUGCCUAGACCUCCCCAUCUGUAGAAUGGGGUCAAUAUCACCUACCUCACAGGGGUGUUGUGAGGACUUAGACAAAAAAAAAAAUGUCAAAUGUUUUUAAUACUUAGAUGAAGGGGAUGAUAUAAAUGAAAUCUAUACUGUAUAUGAGUUACAUAAAAAUGGGCAGACAUUUGGUUUACUCUACCAGAUACCUAAAAUGUAUGUUGAAAAGAGCAUUUUACCAACUCAGAAAUAUUACUUAUUUCUAGAUUUCAUGGCUUGCUUUUUUCAUUCUUAUAUAUACCAAAGAGGUUUAUGGAUUCAUUGAUUACUGGCAUCCCACUGCUGGAUUUGAUGGCCAUGCAGUGAGAUUCCGGCCAGGGCUAUGACUGACGCCAUCAGCAGUGAGUUUCUCUGGAGUGAAUGAUCCCCAGUGAGAUGUCAACA